AUGCCGCUUUGCAGGCUCAAGCACUGGACAGAGACGAAUCCGACGGUCGGCACCGCAAGCGUGCCGGUUGUGGAGGCUGCGAAGGAUAUGGGGGAGGACCACCACCUGACAAUCCACACCCCACAUGUUGCGGUGGCCGAGCCAGCAUCAGCCGUGCCAGGCGAGUCUGCGAAAGCCGUGCUCAUUGCCACCUGCAUUUUGGUUGAUGCCAUGGCUCCCCUCCUGCAGGAGCAGGCCUCCAAAAGCUUUCCCGGCUACUUCAUGGUGCUCGCCGAGACCGUGACGUACUUUUUUGGUGGCCUGUCCUUGGCCAUCAUGCGCGAAGGCCUCACGGGCAUGAGGAGAUGUCUCAGACCAUGGAGGUAUCUCUCCUUUAUGCCGGCCUCCCUGGCUUUUAGCUGGGCGGGCUUUAUGACCUACCCGGCCAUCAAAGGAUUCGGGGCGAGUCAGUUUUACCUUCUGGCGCAGCUUCGCGUUGCCAUCAUUGCAGUUUUCAUGAGAAUAGCCAGCCAGAUACAGCAGCCGGUUUCUGUGUGGAUUUCCUUGCUGCAGCUUGUGCUUGGCAUGGUCGUCUUGGUUUGGUACAAGGCUGGAGCUGUCGCGGGGGAGGUGGGAUGCCACUUCCUCCCGCAUGAGGCUCUGAAAGCUGGCGCCGAAAGCGCCGACAGUCAAGGUCCGCCCAUAGAGGAAGCGCAGGCGGAGACCGACCACAUGACCUUCGUGAUCAGUUUUGCCGCGAUGAUCGGUGUCAUCGUAACUUCUGCUUUCGGGACGCUUUACCUCGAACGGCAGCUCAAGUCGUCUAAGAAGGACCCCUUGUUCAUUCAGCUACAUCAGCUCAAUGCCGUGGGGUUAACAGGUGCGGUUUUGGUCGCCAUGCAAUCGAUGCACAAGGCCCCAAACGCGGAGGAGGAGCUCUCCGGUGCCGCAGGGCUGCCGGAAUUGGAGGACAUAUCCCGUGCUGCAAGUCUCCUUCCGAUCAGGGUUGUCCUGAGCGUUGGCUGCGUCGUGGCCCGCGGCGUCCUGAAUGGCAGUGUCUUGAAACAGCUGGAUGCUCUCACGAAGGGCCUGAUCGACGUGACUGCAAUCGUCCUGUGCACGCUGAUUCAAGUCCUGGCACAAGGCCGGAAGACGGACGCCACGGCUAUGGGCCUGCAGAUGAUGAUGCUGCUCAGUGUUCUCGGAUUUGUCACGGGGAGGCAGUCUUCUGCCGCAGCCGCUGCCACGCGCCGGGAGGAGGCCAAUUCGCUGCCUCUGUGGCCCAAGCCGCGGCUUUGGCCUUGGGAGAUGCGGGUCCAGCCAAUUCCCAAAGCACUCUGA